AUGAAAGACGUUGAAGACGAAAGUAUAUUCAAAGAAUUGUGUGAAGCUAAUGGAAUCAAUCACGAAGCGUUGAUGCGUAAUCAUGGUGGGGUCGAUCCAUAUAUUGAAGUUCUUGAAGUAUUUUUCUCUGGUUUACCUCGCCUCAUCAGUCUUAAACCAUUUCCAAAUCUACUUAAACUUGUGAUUGUAAAUCAAACUAUUGAACGUAUCGAAGGUUUAGAUGCCUGUAACAGUUUACAAGAACUCUGGAUUACUGAAUGUAAACUUCAACAAAUUGAAGGUCUUAGUGGAUGCACCAAACUUCAACGUUUAUAUUUGUACGCCAACUCAAUAAAAACAAUUGAAAAUCUCAAUGGAUUAAAACGUCUUGAGUAUUUAUGGCUUAACGAAAAUUUGAUUACGAAAAUUGAAGGUUUAUCCGGUGCAAAAAAUCUGAAAGAACUAAACCUUGCUUCAAAUCAAAUAAGAUUUAUUGGUACGUCACUUGCCGAAAAUACUGAACUAGAUACAUUAAAUCUUGCCGAUAAUAAAAUUAGCUCUUUUCAAGAUAUUACUAUAUUGACAAUGUUACCAAAAUUGCGCAAUAUUGCUUUCAGUGAUCCAGUUUAUGGAGGUAAAAAUCCUGUGGCUUCCAUGGCAAAUUAUCAUGUUCAUAUUUUGUAUCAUUUACCACAACUUGAAUAUAUUGAUGGACUGCAUAUUUCUACAAGACAAGUUGCUGAACAAGCUGAAGCUACAGUAACUAAAAAGAAAAUGUGGUAUCAUAUGAAAUCUAAAACAUUAGAACGAGAAUACGAUGAAUUUCAAGCACGUCUUCAACAAUUGAGAAAAAAGAAUGAACAGGUUCCUGAAGAACAUUUACGUUUAUUACGCAAAUGCGUUCAGCGUUUAAAGCAAGAAUUAAAAUUACCAGAAACGAAUUAUCAAACGCGUGCUGCUGCUGGCGAUCAUAACGAACAUGAACGAUUCGAAAAACAAAUUGAAAUUAUGCGACAUCGAUUAGUUGUUUGGGAAAAUAUUUUAAACAAUCUUGCCUCUCAAUAUGAAACUGCUAAUUUUAUUUUACUACAACAAAAAGCUCAACUUGCAUCUCGCAUUCAAUUAGAGCUGAUUAGUGGUGGAAAUAUUCGUUUUGAAGAAGGAAAUGUGAAUGAUGUUUGGUUUAAUGCUGCUAAAGAUUUACUUCUUUCACGUUUCUGUUCAUCGAUUUAUAGUCGUUACAAUAUAACUGGUAUUAAAAUACAUUGUAUAACACGUUUAUUUAAUCGACCGAAGAAACUGCAAUUUGAUCAUAAUCUUGAUUUUGUUCUUGAAGAAGAAGAUGAUCCUAUUAAAACAAAAUCAAUUCAAUCAAAACUUGAAUAUUUAUUCUAUUGUACACAACCAUCACGUCGUACUCAAAAUGAUCAUAUGCAUCAAUUUACAACGAUAGAAUCAAUUUCUGAGCAUGGCUUUCCCAGUGCUGAAUUAUACAAACAAUUGGAUCAAGAUGAUGCUAUACCUUUUUCAAAUUCACUAGCCGUAAGUGAUUAUCUUCGAAUUGAGCAAGCUGGUUUUCAGAAUCGUGAUAAAUAUCGUUUCGGAAGUGUUCUUAUGGCUAAAGUAUAUAUUGGUUCAUCGAUAGCGACACCAGCAAAAGAAUUGCCAUUUCCUGAAUACACAGCAGAUCCUAAUAUAACAUCAAAAAACUUUCCAACUCAUGCAAGUAUCUCUCGGCAUGUUAGCUUUCCUGAACGUGCUGUUUCAAAAACAGCGCAUUGUGAUUGUGGAGCUCAACAACAGCAAUGGUUUUUAUUUGAUCCGUUACAUGCCUAUGCUGAAUAUAUUAUUGAAUAUGAAUAUUUAUUCUCUACUGCUAAUAAAACGCUCAGUGAUCAAUUAAGUCGGAUAAAACUUGAAAAAGUUGAUGAUUCACUUGCAACAACUUACCAAGAAGAAAUAAGUCGCGAUAGCUUUAUUCUACCAUCCAAAGAUGACGAACUUCCACCAAAAAUACAUGAUCUAUCUGAAGAUAAACUUCUAAAAUUAGUAAAUGAAACAAAUUUAGCAAAUAUUGUUGAACUUAAUUUAACUUGUUGCAAUCUACAUUCAAUUAAAUUACUAUCAGAAUUAAAAAGUCUUCGCACACUUGAUUUAAGCUUUAAUGAAUUAGUCAAAUUAGAUGAAUUAUGUUAUUUUUAUUCGCUUGAAUUUAUUGAUUUAAGCUAUAAUAAAAUCACAACAUUAGAUGGCAUCAAAGGAUUAGCAAAAUUAUUAUCAUUUAUUGCUACACAUAAUGUUCUGAAGAAGUCAUUAGAUGAAAUAUUAACAUUGAAACGUUAUUGUCCAAGUUUAUGUCAUCUUGAUCUUCGUAGAAAUCCAUUGGAUAAAGCAGAAACUUUUCGACCUCGCGCACUUGCAUUAAUGCCUACUUUAGUAUCAAUCGAUGGUGUAAAUAUAACUCAUAAUGAACGUUCAAAAGCUCAACAAUGUCAACCAGAACGAUCAUGUUCGAUGGAAAAUAUGAUUCUUCAUAGUCGAACUCAUCCAUUUCGUCCACGAGAUUUGCGUUGUCAUUUUAUUUCUAAAUACUACGAACUCUAUACAAAUGAUCCUCUCGGUAUUCAUCAACCAAAACUCGAUGAUAUCUAUUGGAUGUCGGCAGUAACAAGUUUAUGUUUAAGUGAUGUUUAUCUAACAAAACUACCCGAUUUAUCCAAUAUGAUUUGUUUACGUUGGGCAACAUUUGAUAAUAAUUGUUUAACACACAUUCGAGGUCUUGAGCAACUUGUUAAAUUAGAAGAAUUAUCAAUUCAAAAUAAUUUUUUAACAAUUAUUGAUGGUAUUGAAAAUUUAACCAGUCUAAGACGUUUAAAUCUUUCAAAAAAUGAAAUAACCGAUUUUGACGGACAAAUUUUAACUAAUCUUACACGAUUAACGUAUUUAGCACUUGACCAUAAUCGAUUGCAUAGUUUAGCAAAAUUAGGUCGAUGUUCAACAUUAAUUGAAUUGUACGCUGGAAAUAAUUUAAUAAGGAAUAUUCGAGAUAUUUUUCAUUUAAAAACGCUAUCAACUCUACUUAUAUUAGAUCUAUGGGGCAAUCCAAUAUGCCAUGAAGUAGAAAAAUAUCGCUUAUUUAUUAUUUAUCAUUUGAAAUCACUGAGAGCAUUCGAUGGUUUUGCUGUGGAAAUUCAAGAAAGCGGUGAAGCGCGAGAAGUAUUUGGUGGAAAAUUAACACCAGAUUUUAUUGUAGAAAAAUUAGGACAUAGUAACUUUUCAGAAAUCAAGCAACUUGAAUUACCUCAAUGUGCAAUUCGUGGCGUUGAAUUAAAUAUUCAAUUUAUUGCACUUAAAUGCGUUAAUCUCGAACAUAAUCAAUUAACUAAUUUCUCCGGUCUUAUUCAUUUACCUAAUUUAAAGAUACUUUGUUUGAAUUAUAAUCGUAUUGAAAGUGUUCUUCAUCGACCAGCAAAACCUCGAGUUGAUAAUCGUGGAAAACCUAUUAUGGAAAAUGUUGAUAAUCGAGUUGUUUUAGAAAAUCUCGAAGUUCUUCAUCUUGCUUAUAACAACAUAACAGAUCUCGCCCUACUUCAAUUGACUAAAAUUCCAUCAUUACGGUCUUUAUUUCUUCAAGGGAAUGAAAUAUCAAAAAUUGAAGGUCUCGAAGCAUUACGCAAUUUACGUGAAUUAGUCUUGGAUAAAAAUAAAAUUCGUGUUAUAACGGAAACAUCAUUUUUCUUUCAAACGAAUCUAGUUGAAUUGCAUUUAGAAGAAAAUCGUCUUCGAGAAUUAUCUUAUUUUGAUCGUAUGAUCAAAUUAGAAAAACUGUUUUUGGGUUCAAAUAAAAUUCAAGAAAUUUGUGAACUAGAAAAAAUUAAUCCUCUUAUUUGUCUCGGUGAAUUAUCCCUUAUUAACAAUCCGGUGUCUCGUAAAACAACUUAUCGAUUUUUUAUUGCUUAUCGAUUACCACAAGUACAAAUACUCGACGAACAAAAUAUUACCGAAGACGAUCGACUUCGAGCUGAAAUUUAUUACGCCGAAAGUUCACAACCUGCAGGACCCACAGGGAAUGUCAAUGAAAUAUUUCCUGGAUUAUUAGCUAGUGGACAACAACAACAGCAACCACAGAUGCGAAUCAAUCAAGUAGGCUAUAAUGAAGGUUAUGGUGGUACAAAUAUUCUUGAUCAAGUUCGUCAACGUCAAAUGCAGAUACGCAUAGCUGCUGCUAAUAUUAAUAAUCCAAAUGGAAAAUUGAAUAAUGGACGUUUUUUGCCUAAUGAUCGAUAA